GUGGGCCAUAUUUCCAGACAAACAUUACUCACCACCAUUAUUAUAAUAAGGAAAUAAAAAUAAAAACAAAAAAGGAAAAAACCCUAAGAAAUGACAUCCUUUGUUUUCCCACUACAGCAAUAAAAAAAAAAAAAAGGAAAAGAAAACAUUUCUUCUUCUUUUUCUUCUUGUUUACCACUUUACCUUAUCGUUUGAGAAAAUGGAAGCUCUUGAUAUGGCGGCUUGUUUUGAGGACAACUUACUGGACUUUGCUUCCGACGUCGGAGAGGAGGACGAAGACAAAGAACACAACAAGAAAUCCUCAACUUCUUCUUCUUCUCUUAACCCUAACAACUCUUGUUUUUCAGAAUUUGCAGAGGAAGAACUAGAAUGGUUAUCAAACAAGGAUGCAUUUCCAGCCGUGGAAACGUCAUUCGUCGAUGUUUUAGGGACAGCGACAAAGCACCAGAGCUCGCUAACCUUAGCCAAUGGAAACGUUGUAAUGUAUUGUUUUGGCAACGUUAAGAUCCCCGUAAAAGCGAGGUCCAAGCGUCUCCGCAAAUGCAGGGACCUGAGGGACCACGAAAAAAAUUGGCGGGUUCAUGAGAAUGUGAAGACUUCGAAUGCCACCGCAAAGGGAAAUCGUUGGAGGACUAUGGGAAGGAAAUGCCAGCAUUGUGGUGCAGAAAAGACACCGCAGUGGAGGGCAGGGCCACUUGGGCCUAAAACACUUUGCAAUGCUUGUGGAGUGAGAUAUAAGUCGGGGCGUUUGGUGCCUGAGUAUCGUCCAGCAAGUAGCCCUACGUUUUCCAGUAGGUUGCAUUCGAAUUCCCAUAGGAAGAUAUUAGAGAUGAGGAGGCAUAAGCAGUUGGGGUUUCCUUCAAUGAAGCCUAUGGAUAAACGCUCGUGAGCAACGCACCCAAGGGUGCGGAGUGGACCACCCCAAGUGCAAAUGAAGGCUCCCAACUGUGUAUGACAACCUCCAAUGGUGUGGAUGGUGGCCACCAAAGGUUCAGGGAGGCCCUUUUUAAGUGCAACAUGCUUGAAAAGCUGCACAUGCAAGAAGAAUAGGUCUAGGGGUUCUAGAACGUCCGGGAAGAAUUUAGAAAUUUGAAGAGAUAGGAACUUAUUUGAACUAGGUAGGACUUUUCGGAAGGUCUAGAAUACUCUUAAGAUUGUAUAGAAAUGUACAAAGUUGUAUAGAAUGUUUUAGACAUGUGAGCUUGAUAGUCUUUUGAAUUCAAUUGUGACCGUUGAAUCAAAAGGGCUUAGCCUAUAUAAAAGGAUACACCUUUCCCUCAUUUGUUUUAAGUUAAUUUAUUGAGUAAUAACAUUUUUGCAUUCUCCUUAA